UUCAAUAGUUUUUAAAUAAGUAAUUGAUGAUAAUUGAAUGAAGCUAUUUUCCUAACUUAGAUAAAAGUCAUUAAUUAGAUUUAGAAUUUAUGAAUGAUGAAGAACUUUUUGAAUGGUUGCAUUAGAGAUUACUACUUUUAAUAACCACUAAGGAUGUAUAAAUUGGAGCUAAGGCUGUAUAACAUUGGUGUCAAAAAGGAUUCGGUAAGAAUUCAAUUUGUAAUACAAGGUUUAUAGAUUCAGGAAUCCCGAUGGUGAAUUAAAUCUUAAUAGUGUUAGCAAGAAUAUAAUUAAGAAUUAAUCCAAAGAUGGUAGAUGAAAUUAUUAGAUUAAUUUAUGACGAAGAAGAUAAGCAGAAAUUAUUAGAACAACUUUCAUAAAUUGAUUAAAAAUAAGUAAGCGUACAGGUAUAAUGUAAAUCUAAAUAUUAAUAUAGUCACCAAAAAUUUUAAAAGCAAAAUUUGGAAAAAAAGAUUAAGGAUUAUUUGAAAAUAUACUAACAGCUCUAAGAUUUUGGGAUAAAAAAUAAAAAUGAAAUAAAAG